AUGUUGAUAAUGAAUUCAAUCAUUAAAGUAUGCUUUGGAUUAUUCAUGUUCAUUGAUAUUGUCUUAUCUGGAUUAUAUGAAAAACGUUUAUUAAAAUAUUUAUUCGAUUCCAGUCGACCAGAUGCACAUAAUCCAAUUGAACGUCCAUCAGCAAAUGAUACAGAAACAUUGAAUGUUAGUGUGAAAUUUUUCUUAAAUCAAGUUAUGGAUGUGGAUGAAAAAAAUCAAGUGUUGACAACAAUUAUAUGGAUGGAUUUAAUAUGGAAUGAUUACCAUUUCUUAUGGAAUCCUAAAGAGUUUGGUAAUAUAACUACCUUAAACUUACCAUAUACUGCUGUAUGGAGACCAGAUAUCCUGUUGUAUAAUUGUGCGGAUGAGAAAUUCGAUCGUACAUUUCCAACAAAUACAAUCAUAAAACAUGAUGGUACUGUUCAAUGGAUGCCACCGGGAUUGUUUAAAUCUACAUGUAAUAUAGACAUUUUAUGGUUUCCAUUCGAUGAACAGAGUUGUAUAUUAAAAUUUGGAAGUUGGACAUAUUAUGGUGAUCAAAUUAAUUUUCAAUUACAAUGUAUCAAUGCAUCACAACCUGAUUGUACACAAGUUGGAACGGUUGAUUUAUCUGAAUAUUCACGUAAUGGAGAAUUUCAUCUUAGUGGUUCUUCAGUUCGACGUUAUGCACAACGAUAUGAAUGUUGUGAUUAUGAUUUUGUUGAUGUAAAAAUUGCAAUUACACUACAACGACGUGCACUUUAUUAUGUAUUUAAUCUUAUUGUGCCUUGUUUAUUAAUAUCUGGUAUGGCAUUAAUGGUAUUUAUGUUACCACCAGAUGCAGGUGAAAAAAUAUCAUUAGGUGUAACAAUUCUUUUAUCAUUAACAAUGUUCUUACAACUUGUUGCAGAUAAACUUCCACAAACAUCUGAAGCUAUACCAUUAAUUGGUAUCUACUUUUCAUGUACAAUGUUUAUGUGUUCAUUAUCUAUUGUAUUUACUGUACUCGUGUUAAAUUAUCAUCAUAGAUCAGCUGAUUGUAUUGCUGUUCCAGCUUGGAUUAGGAAUAUUGUCAAUACAUAUCUAGCUAAAUUAAUGUGUAUGGAACCUCCGAAACGUUCACAAAUUAUUGAAGUUGAAGAUAUUUCAUCAUCUAUUAGUGAUAAUUUCAUGGAGAAUUAUCCCAAUACAAAAAAGUCACAAAAUGAAAUACUUAUCAAAGGAGGAGGGAGAGGUGAACAACAACAACAACAACAAGAAGGAGGAGGAGGAGGCGAAGAAGAAGAAGAAGAAGAAGAAGAUGAUGAAGAAGGACAUAUAGAAGCUAAAGCAUUUGUUGGUUGGAAUUAUGAUACUACUAAUAUGAUGAAUAGUAAUAUUCAUCCUGUCUAUAUGAAAAAACAUUUAUUCACUAAUUCACCAAUAUGUAUUAAUGGAAAUUUGAAAACAACCACAUUACCAAUGAUCAAUCAAUCAAUAAAUCAUAUUGAUUAUCAAUUACAGAAUACAGUCAAUGAACGUACACCGAAAAAUGCCAUAGCAAAUGUUAUUGAUUUAGAUGAUGAUUUCCGUGCAACAGCACGUUUUGGCAAUACUACUACUACUACUACUACCACUAAUACUACUCACACUAAUACUACUACUCAUAUUAAUAAUAGUAAUAUCUUCAUAAAUAUGAAUGAAAAACAAACAAUAUUGAAUAAUAAUACUAAAUUAAAGAUGAAUACUGAUUUCUUAUCAUCAGUAACAGUAACAAAUCAAUCAUUAACAGUGCAAUCUCCUUAUCGAUUAUACAAUUCUGUAGGUAAUUUUAAUUCAAAAUCAGCACCACUAACACCAACAUCAACAAUAGAACAUGUCCAAAAUGUAUUUCCAGAUGAAUUCAGUGAUCUAUCAAAGAAUGGUGUAUCAUUCGAUCGACAAAUUGAACCAGAUCCAUUAUCAAUCUCAAUUGAUUUAUUGAAUUUAUAUAAACCAGAUUUAGAAAUCAUUAUUAAUGAAUUACAUUUUAUUACAAAAAAAUUACGUGAUAAUGAAAAAGAAUCAUUAAUUAGUUUAGAAUGGAAAUUUGCAGCUCGUGUGAUUGAUCGAUUUUGUUUAGUUAUAUUUAGUGUAUGUAAUAUUGUUGUAACAUUUGCUAUAUUAUGCUCAGCACCAAAUUUAAUUGCUUCUUUUAUGCCAUAAUAACUUGAAUUGAUUUUUUGCUACUUUUAUUGUUGUUGUUUUUUUUGUUGGGGUGGGGAUUGAGGGUUGGGGGGUGGAGGGUGGAGGUGGAUGGGGUGAUCAAAUUGUUCCUGUUACUAAGUAUUAAUAUGAAUAGCUUAUUUAAGAUUCUUUCUUUUGUUUUUCUUUUUCUUUCUUCUUUUCUAUUUUGUAUUCAAACACCAAAAUAGCCUUAAUUGAAUGUUGAAAAUAAACAAAUAUAAUUAGUUGAUAAAUGUUCUUCAAUGAACAUUAUCCGGUUAUGAUAUAUACAUAAUAAUAAACUUUAAAUCUAUAAUCUUAAUACAUAUGUUGAGAAGAAGAAGAAAAAAAAAGAGAGAAAAAGAUUGAGAUCAUGAAUUGAUCAAUAUUAGAUCAUGAUUAAUAACUUAGAAACAAUAUUUGAUCGAUUUCUGAUCUGUAAACAGAAAAUAUCAAUCAUUAUCAUAAUCUUAUAUUGAAAAGAAAAAAUGAUUUCAUUGAAUCAUUUUAUAGAAGUAUUGAUUAUUUUUCUUCUUCUUCUUCUUCUUCUUC